AUGGCCUCCCUUUCCAAUAGCCUCACGCUAUUGUUGGCUGCUGCUACAGCCUUGACUCCGGUCGCCGCGAGACCUGCGCCCGAAGACUCGGUCGUCGCCAUCGCCAACUCGGACCUCCUCUCACAGCCCGCCUCCCUCUCGAGGCGAGGAUCACCUCAAGCCCCCAAUGGCUACGUUCCCACCGAAGUCACCUGUCCCAGCGAGCGACCUUCUAUUCGAAAUGGCACCCGCAUCUCCGACCAGGAGCGCGAGUGGCUCCCCAAGCGACGCAACGAGACUAUCCCGUACAUCCGAACCCUCCUGAAGCGUAUAGCCAUUCCUGGCUUCGACAGCGACGAGUACCUCAAGGAUGUCGAGAAUAACUCUACGGCUCUGCCUAAUAUUGGUAUCGCUGUUUCGGGAGGUGGUUACCGUGCCAUGCUGUGCGGCGCCGGCGCCCUGGCUGCGUGGGAUGAUCGCUCAGACGGCAGCGACAAGGACGGUAACCUCGGUGGUCUUCUCCAGAGUGCAACGUACCUCUCUGGAUUAUCGGGUGGUGGUUGGUUGGUUGGCAGCUUGAUGAUGAACAACUUUACCUCUGUGCAGGAGAGCGUCAACUACCCGGGCAUCUGGCAGCUGGAGAACUCGAUUCUUGAAGGCCCCAACAACUACGCCCUGCUGCAGUACUACAACAACAUCCUCGACGAGGUCUCGGACAAGAAGGAUGCUGGGUAUGAGCGCUCCAUGACGGAUUACUGGGGUCGCAUGCUCUCGUACCAGCUCAUCAACGCCACCAACGGAGGUCCUGGGUACACCUGGUCCUCCCUCGCCGACGACACGCUCUUUUCGGAGGGCAAGGCGCCCAUGCCAAUCCUCAUCGCUGACGGCCGUGACCCUGACGAGACCAUCGUCUCGCUCAACUCGACAGUCUUUGAGUUUACCCCCUGGGAGCUCGGUUCCUUCGACCCGACGCUCAACGGUUUCGUGCCUCUCAAGUACGUCGGUUCCGAGUUUAGCGGCGGCAAGCUGCCCAAGGACAAGGCGUGCAUCCGUGGUUUCGACAAUGCGGGAUUCGUCAUGGGAACAUCGAGUAGUUUGUUCAACGCCAUCGUCAUCUACCUCAACGAAACCGACAGCCCCUACGUCCCCGACGAUGUACCCGAUGUAGCCAUCGAUGCCGUCUCCGCGCUCCUCGAGUCCAUCGGCGACGACAACAACGACAUUGCAGACUGGACGCCCAACCCCUUCAAGGGCUGGAACAAGCUCGAGAACCUUAGUGUCGACUCUGACCGCCUAACCCUCGUCGACGGCGGUGAAGACCUCCAAAACGUCCCCUACUACCCGCACCUCCGCAUCGAGCGCGAAGUCGACGUCGUCUUCUCGUUCGACUCGUCCGCCGACACCGAAUCGGGCUGGCCCGACGGCGCAUCGCCCAUCAAAACGUACGAGCGAUCCCUCGCCGACAUCUCCAAGGGAUCCGCGUUCCCCGUCGUCCCCGGCCGCGAUACCUUCCUCAACCUAGGCCUCAACACGCGGCCUACAUUCUUUGGCUGCGAUGCCUCCAACACAUCCGAGCCGUCUCCCCUGAUCGUCUACAUCCCCAACUACCCCUACGUCUACGCCUCCAACAUCUCCACCUUCCAAACCACCGUCAACUCAUCUGAGCUCUCCGCCAUAAUCGAGAACGGCUACGCGGCCGCAACAAUGCUUAACGCCACCCGCGAUCCAGACUGGCCCGUCUGUGUAGGCUGCGCCAUCCUCGCCCGCAGCUUCGACCGUACGAACACGACACUCCCGGACAAGUGCCGUGAGUGCUUCCAGAACUACUGCUGGAACGGCACCCUCGACGAGUCCCCGGCCGCCGACUACUGGCCCUCGUUCAUCAGCGAGCGCAUCAACGUCGAGAGUUUCGGAGUGAGGGUCCUGGGCAGCAGUGCAGCUGCUGCAUUCGCCGCGGCAUUUGCCGGCCUUGUUCUCGCCAUUUAA